AUGAUAAAACGGUGUGUGACGUAUGAAGGCGAGCUGCUUCCGUUCCACCAAUUCGACAUGGACGUUGGGUGAGAUUUCCAUUUUCUAUGCCGUGAGAACACACAAUCAAGCCUAUUAUCAUCCUGCAGAUACAAUUCAGAGCGUCUGCAGGAUUUUUCCUUUCGCAGCCUUGCAAAAUCGAAAAAAAAGCUGCACUUUAUAGAAACUUAUAAGUUGGGUUCCGUAAAAAAAAGGUCAAAACUGAACAUAUUUUUUUAAAAUUUGAGAAAAAAAUCGGGAAAAAAAAUCGAGAGAGAGAACAAAAAAACGAUUUUUAAGCCGAUUUUUAUAGAUAUUUUAUGAAUAUUUAACGAACUUUUCUGUUUCAGAAUAUAAUUUAGAGAUUUAAAAUUCGAUUUAUAUUCCUGAUGCAAGAGGUGCAGAGUUUCCGAAGACUUUCAAAAUUUUUGAACCGUUUCGGUUUUUUUCAGUCACGCCUAAAGUUACUUAAAAGCCAGUUUCAAAUUUUGAAACAAAUUUUUUUUUUGAAAAUCGCUACAAGGAAUUUAUAACAAACCAUUGUGAAAAAAAUCAAAAAAAUUAAACUACAGUCGAUUUCUUUUUUUGUUCACUUCCCUGUUUCAAAAAAAAUUUUUUUAAAAUAAGUUUGAAUAUUUUUUUCAAACCUUUCGGGCAAAAGCCUUUUUUUCUUAUUUCUAAAAUUUUUUUAGCCUCUCCCUAAAAAGCUUUACUAACCUGUUUUUGUGAGAAAAUAUCAAAAAAUUUCAAAACACGAAAUUCCUUAAGGACCAUUUUUUAUCUUGUGCUAGGACAUGUUGCGCUCUGACGUAAUCACUCUUUGCUUUUAUAGUUGUGAACGUAAUGAAAUCUUACCAUAAUUUCCACCCUAUCAACCUCGACAGCAGAGAUCAAGCAAUAAAAUGAAGUGUAGCACAUUCUUGAAGCCUUUGACGCAAUCUUAGAAUCAAAAAAAAAUCGUAAAAGAUAUGUUUACCUUGAAAGUCUACAGAUAUGAUCAAGGACUUGACCGCGUUUUUGUUGUUUGGCCUAUUACGGUAUGCCAUGAGAUCGACGAGAGAAGCCCGCUUUAUGACAUUGGAGAAGCUGAUCUGAAGACCGCCAAGUUCGAAAUCAUAGGUUUGUUUUUUUUUCAGGAAGUGUUUCAUCUGCCAAGGCUUGAAAGUUGAUGAAAACGCUUGGGAUUGCUCUUAUUCUUGCCGUGAGAACUAGUAUCAGUGCUUGAAAAUUGACCUACCUUUUGUAAAAAUUUGAUAAAACUUUGUUUUUAAGAAGAAAAAAUGGAACAGUUCAGCGUUUAUUCCAUCAAACUUUUUUUCCGUUAAAAAAAUUAAAUCCUCGUUUUUUUGAAGAAUUUUUUUAAUAGUUUUUUUAAAGCUGCUCUUCUUUUUGUAAUUUGAAAUGAUUCACUUUAUUCAAUCAUGUUUUAAAAAUGCUUCCAAAAAAAUUUUUGUGAAAAAAAUCGAUUAAGCGGUAACUUGGGCGGUCAAAAGAGUAUUGAAAAAAAUAAUUUUUGUGAAAAAGUCUUGAAAAAUGUCUUUUAAAUUCUGACUCUUGGCCGCUUUUUUCCCGAUUUUUUCGUUUGAAGUGCCAGUUUCACAAUCUCUGGAUUCCUGCCGCCCCGUUCAGAUCAAAACCUCACAACCAAAGUUUUUAGCCAUCCUCGAAGGAGUCGUGGAAAGCGUCGGAUCCACAACGCAGGCCCGAACCAGCUACCUCCCUAGCGAAAUCUUGUGGGGCAUGAGAUUCGAGAAGCUCGUGCACUACAAAAAAGAAAACGGACAGUACAACAUCGACUUCGGAAAGUUCCACAACGUCUACGCCGUCAAGACGCCUACCUGCAGCGCUCGCGAACUUGAAAUUCUUCGGGUACGUUUUUCUUUUCAGCAAAUUCUAGUUUACCCAAUGGAACUAUGGUCAAAAAACGCUUUUUGCUAGAGUUUUUGACCAGAAGAUUAUUCUCCAGGAAGAAGGGCGCUUCAACGAAGCCGAGUACCAAAUGUACCCACCAUCCGACAACCGCGCCCUCUCGAUCUUGGAAAACUACGACGACGACGAAUCUCCGGUCCACGACGCCGUUGACGGCAACCAGGUACCCCAGGUAACAUUCCGGGUUUGCAUGACCAACGGACGAAGCUAUGAUAACCAAUAAGUUUCUGCCUUGCUUUCAGGUCUGUCCUAUGAAAAUAACAUUAGAAUCUCACCUUUUCGCAAGAAACAAAUUUCUUACAAGGCAGAUCAUUCCAGUGUUAAAUCUGGAUUUUUGAGAAUUUUCUGGAGAUUACUCUGAAAAAUGAAGCUAGUAUUUUUCGAGACAACACACAUUUUUUAAAGUUGAGAAUAACAGCUUUGGCCCGUGAUAAGUAUCAAAAAGAAGCCUUAAAAAACUUUUAAAAGCCAAACUUUUUUGCAGACAACAACUCUGAAAAAUUUAAGUCUAGUUCUUCACAUUUUUAUAUUUAGCACUGAAAUGUCCUGCCUUGUCGGUUGCUCACACGCUUCAUCAGCCUUGCACUUUUUCAAACCUUUCUAAACCAUAAAAUCACAGGAAUGCCUAAAAAGUUUGGUUGGAAAUUCGGUUGGCUUUCUUUUCGAACAGGAUAACGAAUGCUAUGCACUGAGGCUGGCGGCAUGCAAACUCGCGAAUGCAAAGUUUUCGGCAAUUUUCAGAAGCUUCUAUUUCUGAUUCAGAUCCAAAUCCUGCGACGUGAUUCUGAUGAAGAUCCUGAUGCCGGCGAAGAAAGCAUGGAACUGGUAAGUGAAUUUAGUGUUUCAAAAAAAAGCUCUUUAGAAACGGUAAUGUGUUGUGAAGGUCUCUUUUUUCCCUCGGCAUUUCCGUCGAAUGAUGUUCGUCCAGUCAGAACUUUUUCACAAGCAAAACAAAAAAAAAUACUAAUUUUUUAUUUGCGGCACUAUUUUCCGCUUCUAGCUCAGUAAUAUUGUACUCUACAAGCUAUAGAAAAAUCAUUCAAUCAAAAAAAUGUAUGAACGCAAACAUUUUUAGAAAUCAAAAAAUAUAUCGAAGAAGAUCGAAUUUCCCAUUUUCUGUCGACAUUUUCUCUCGUCUCUAAAAGGUCAAUAUUCUUCGAAAAAUAAUAUCUUUUCAGGUCGACCUCGGCAUCCAUCACAAAUGCUCAGUCCGUUCGCAAUCUCCAAUCAUGCCCGCUCAUUUGGUGCCUCCACACAAGAAUUCGGCCGUCCGUCGAGGUGUGCUCCUUUCCACGCCACCAGCGCACUCGUAGAUCACCUCACUGUUUCAUUUUUUUGUGAUAGUUUUGUACUGUGAAGCUUGGAGAAGUGUGGUGAUUUGAUGAGUAUUUCGAACAGAUUUUUCAAAAAUUUAAUGAUGUAAUUCCCAAGUGAAAAAGUUCGUUUAAGACGCAUUUUUCAUUGAAAAUUGCAAACUUCCGUUCGAAAUGAUUUUUUUCCUUGCACAAAGUGAAAUUAAUUUUUUUCGUAGAAAAAAAGCUAAAUUUUGAGGAAGUUUUGACUUGAUUAUCAAAAAAAGCACCUUUUUUUAGAUAAGAAUUCAUGAAUAUUCCAAAAAGAAUUGUAUUGAAGUAGAACUUUUUAUUCUAAAAUCAGUUUUUUCUCACACUUUUCUUAGUUUUUUUCGGUUAUUUUUCUCUAACUCGUUUAUCUGUGUUCGUGUUAUAAACUCGAAAAACUUUUUUUUACUGCACUUUGUAUUUUAUUUUCUCUCACCCCGUCUGUAUUGUGUUUGUACGUAGUUAAUGACUUAUUCGUGUUCCGUAGUUGAAUUUUCACAACUCUUUUGAAAAAAAGCCUUUCAGGAUCUUCUACGGUCAACGUAGCGCUCCAUGGCUAA